AUGUCCUUUUUAGCGCCAGUGGUCAGCUUCAGAGAGCAUGGAGUGACCCCACGAGCGUUGCAGGUCUGCAUCGCGAGUUUGGAAGUAAUUGGUUGCAAUUGCACAAUCGGCCCGCACUGUGAUCAUUUCAACUGCUUUGCAAUACCUGUGUUUCAGCAUCUCAGUCUGGCUGCAGCCAGUGUACUCGGAGUAUGGGCAAACGAUGGAUGUCGUCGUGCUUCAGAACCAGCGAGUAUCAUUAUAAGGUGGUACCAGAUCUGUUACAACACGCUUGCUCCUGUGUUGUUUCUGAUGUACUCUCUAGUUAUGGUUCUACAGCCAUGGAACGGCGCGAAAUACUACAGGAUGACUCAUCUGGUGGAGAAAUGUUGUAUAAACUCGGCCGUGCAAUCAAGUAGAUUGGGGCUAGGACCACAUUGCGGAGAAGCGACACACGAUCCAUUGAGUCUAUAUAACUUCCAGUUCGAGAUUGAAAUGCGGACCGAAACUGAACCAACGUUGAGAAUAUUCGAAGCAGGGAUACCCACAACUGAGAGGCAAAAAGUCGAACAAGGUGGACCCCAACACACGAGACAUACAGCAGGUGACGGCUGCCCCUCUCUCGGCGUCCGCCUCGAUUCGCGUCUAUUGCAAGUCACUUGUGUGCAGCCACUUUGCGGGCAAACCGCUGCGGGCGAGGAAUCACAACCGGGCGACGUGAGGGGACACGCUGCUUCUGUUGAGGGAUCGCGCAAGUUUUCCUUAGGCUAG